CUGACUCAAACCCAACAAGACAACCUCAAACAUUUCCGAACAUGGUCGUGUCUGAAAUUCUGAUGUUGCAGAUAUACACUUCAACUUCACAAAACAACAAAUAAUAAUUCGAUUUCUAUGCUCCAAGCCGUGGCGGCGCAUGGUGUAUGUUCAUGUCGCUGAUAUGCUUCCUUGGGCGUAGUGUUUUGCUCCACAGCAAACUGCACUCCCGGUACCAAUCAUUGUUUAGGUUCUAUUCCUCUGCUUCUUCUGCAUUGAUGUUUGACGACUACCUGUUUGAUGAAAGUCCAAAACUAGAUACUAGUUCACAAACCAACAUGAUGUCUGUUGCCCCGGUUCCCGAAACCAAUAAGGACUUGUUUCGUUUAGUGGUUAGGGUGUUUAAGUCAUUGAGUUGGAGGGUUGCAAGGGAAAGAAGAUUUGGGAGUUGGGUUGAGACUCACGGGUUUUCGCAUUCUAUCGAUUCGUUUAGAAUCGUCAUUCAUACGUUUGCUCUGGCGGGGAUGGAGAGGGAGGUGUUCGCUUUGCUUAGAGAUAUUGUUGAGUACUGCAAUGAGGGUAAGUAUGACUGGUCAAGAGCGUUUGAGGCCUUGCUGGAUUCACCGCAUCGUGUGGGAAGAUCUGCUCUCGUGUUUGAUGUGCUUAUAAAAGUGUUUGCUUCCAACAAAAUGCUUGACCACGCUCGCCAUGUGUUUGUGAGCGCUAAGCAUGUUGGGCAUGAACCUGAUAUAAAGUCUUGCAAUUUCUUGUUGAAAUGCUUGACAGAGGAAGCGAAUGUAGCGGAGUUUGAUGUCAGGGGUUUCUUUAAGGAAUUGAUAGACACUGGUCCAUUGCCAAAUAUCCACACCUAUACAAUCAUGAUGAACUUUUAUUGUGGAGAUAUUGGAUGGGCUAAAAUGAUUUUAGGAAAAAUAUAUCGGAGUGGGAUAAACCCAACCGUUGUCACAUAUAGUACAUAUAUUCGUGGACUUUGUGAAGGUGGUUCUGUUGAGGUUGCUCAGCAGUUAGUUCUUAACUUGCACUACAAAAGCCAGCCUCUAAAUACCCAUUGUUUUAAUGCUGUAAUUAAAGGAUUUUGUCAAAAAGGUGCAGUUAAUGAAGCUUUGGAAGUUUUAGAAGAAAUGGAGAAAUCGGGAAUAUUUCCUGAUGUUUAUAGCUAUAGCAUUUUAAUUGAAACAUUCUGCAAUGAAGGGGAUGUUGAGAAAGGUGUUGUCUUGAUAUCAGAAAUGGGGCGGCGCGGGAUAAAUCCAUCUAUUGUUAGCUACACUUCCCUCAUCCGUGGUCUAUGCAAGGAUAAACAGAUGCAAGCAGCAGAGGAAAUCUUUCGUAGUAUUGGUACUUCUGGUUACAAAUAUGAUCUGACUAUUUAUGAAAUUUUAAUUGAUGGAUUUUGCAUGCAAGGUGAUAUGGAUUCAGCCAUCAAGUAUUUGGAGGAGAUGUCUAGCAGUAACUUGGCUCCUUCCCCUUCUAGUUACUCCAGUCUAAUUAGGGGAUUCUGCAAAGUGGGACUCUUCGAUAAGGCAAAGGAAUUUUUUGGUUACAUGCUGCAAAAUGGUGUGUUGCCGAAUACAAUUACCUGCAAUCAUAUUCUUAGGGCAUACUGCAGGACAGGUCAAUUCAGAGAAGCUUUGACACUAUUGGAAGAGUUCCAAGAAAAUGGAAUUAGCCUCAACCCAUAUUCGUAUAAUGAAAUCAUCCACACGAUUUGCAAAGAAAGUCCAGAAAAGGCCCUAGAGCUCCUGCCAAGAAUGCUGAAAAGGAAUGUACGUCCAGGAGUUGUUAAUUAUAGUACUCUUAUAUCUGGCUUCGCCAAACAGUUAGAUUUUAAAGCUGUGAAGUUAUUCAUAAGGAUGGUAAAAGGAGGGAUCACUUUCAACACCUUCACGUAUACAAUUCUUAUUAGCAUAUUUAGCCGUAGUUGCAAAAUGCAUGAAGCAUAUAGAAUAUAUAAGGAAAUGAAAGAAAGAGAAAUGCGUCCAGAUCAGGUGACAUAUACAACUUUAAUAGAUGGCUUUUGUAAUACCAGAGAAAUGGAGAGGGCCUAUGCAUUAUGUCAAGAAAUGUCAAGGGAAGGUUGUUUGCCUAAUGUAGUUACAUAUACUUGUUUGAUUAAUGGAUUCUGCAAGUCAGACAGGAUAGAGACGGCCACAUUGCUGUUUGAUGAAAUGAAAAAAGCUAGAGUCUUUCCUGAUGUUAAAACUUACACUGCCCUCAUUUCUUGGUACCAUAAGCAUGGUGACAUUGGUCUGGGAAAUAAGUUACUUGAUGAAAUGAAGGCAAAUGGUAUUUCGCGAGAUGUAGUUACGUAUACUUGUUUGAUUAAUGGAUUCUGCAAGUCAGACAGGAUAGAGACGGCCACAUUGCUGUUUGAUGAAAUGAAAAAAGUUAGAGCCUUUCCUAAUGUUAAAACUUACACUGCCCUCAUUUCUUGGUACCAUAAGCAUGGUAACAUUGAUCGGGGAAAGGAGUUAUUCGAUGAAAUGAAGGAAAAUGGUAUUUCGCCAGAUGUAGUUACGUAUACUUGUUUGAUUAAAGGAUUCUGCAAGUCAGAUAGGAUAGCUAUGGCCAUAUUGCUGUUUGAUGAAAUGAAAAAAGUUAGAGUCUUUCCUAAUGUUAAAACUUACACUGCCCUAAUUGCUUGGUACCAUAAGCAUGGUCAAAUUGAUCGGAAAAAUGAGUUAUUCGAUGAAAUGAAGGCAAAUGGUAUUUCACCAGAUGAUUACAUAUAAAGGUUCUGGAACUGAAAGCUGGUGCAAUUCAUAAAUAUUAGGUAGCUGUUCGACGCUUGGUGGCAUCAAAUGAUCAAUUAGUUGGCCUUGAUGAGUUUUCUGUUCUGAGAAAUUUGUAGCACAUGCUUCUGCUGUCAGUUGCCUCAAAGAUUGGACGGGAAUCAUCCAGUGUUCUUGUCAUAGGAGGUGAUACUUCUGUUGAAAAUUUUGGAGUCAAUCCUAUUGGACAACAUUAGUCAUCUUCAACUACCACCAUUAUGUUACCAUCCCAGGAAUUGGCAAGCUAGAAGGUCCACUUGCUGAUAUAGAUCUCACAAUGAAAAAGGUCUUCUCAGUAUCCAUGCGUGGAGGCUUUUACAUAUUUCGCUAAAAUAUGAACGAUGGUCCUAAACUCAGAGCUUCAUCCAUGUAAGUUUCUUUUUCUUAUUUACUUUCUAGAUAGGGAAAUUUGGCUUCAAUUUUACAAGUUUCUUUUCUAUUGCACCAGGUGCUCUUCUGCCUUUUGCUUAUGGCCUUUCAAACUCCAAACUUAAGUAUAAUUGGUUUCUGCUAUUGCUUUAACAUAUUUAUAAUAAAAGAAUUGGAAUAUUCCUUUUCCCCACAAUCCCCCUCAUGAAGUGUUGGUUUCUACUAAAUGGCUAUGAUUAUUGUUACCCCCCUAUUUUUCUGAGCAGAGCUUUUUUAGAGAAAAAUAAAUUCUCUUAAAAAUGUCAAGAAUUACGCCUUCUCUGUUACAGAAAAGUUCCAAGCAUGUGAAAAUGGACUCUUCCAAUUCCUUUUGUUUUUACUUUUAUAUGAUUUAUAUUUUUGUUUACUUUUGUAGAUUGUGUUGUCUAUCAUGGAAAUCCAAAAUGACAUGUGGUGGAAUUGCAUUGAAGUUCUUUGCAUCACCUCGGCUAGAAGUUCGUCCUAUAGGGAAGAUAAAGCCUGUAAGCACAAUGGCUCGACUAUGACAUAAUGUUAUGUAUCAUCUUAAACAAUGACUCCCCUUUGUUUUGUGACUGAAUGACUCUAAUAAACCAUGACUAAUGCUUUCUUUGUCACCAAUGCAACCAAGGUUGUCAAUUUACAUAAACUCAUGGAGUGUCUGUAAACUCGACUCGUGAAAAUUCUGUGUUUGAUAAUUCUCAGUGUGCUUCUGAUAAGAACCUUGAGAGAACCACACCACAAAAGCUAGCUGUUGUAGUUGGAUAGCUCAAAGUCGUAUAAAUCCCACAUUAGAAUCCCAUACUUCCAAUGUGGGUCUCAAGUCCCAUACCUUGGAAUUGGGUUCCUAACAUCCCACGACGUUCUGCAGCCCCGGCACCCACAUAGGCUGGCUGUGCACUAGCCCUUUGACUAGUCCUGAGCGAACAUUGCAAUGCCGGCGUCACCACCCAUGCCGCUCAUUUGCAACCGAGAGACAUGGUGGAAGGCUCUGAUACCAAUUGAUAAGAACCUUGGGAGAACCACACCACAAAAGCUUCUCCCAAGGUUCUCAUCAACUUUUAUCAAAUAUUUAUGCAGCUUCUGAAAAAUGGGAGAAAGCUAAAAGGAUGAGGUGGAUCUAUAUGCUGCCACUUCAUCUAUAUUUUUGCCAUGUAAGAUUAUUUUUGACAUCUCACAAAUAAUCUGAGUUUUCCACACCAAUGACACAAGCAGAGUUGCAAAAAUCUUUGAGCAAUUUAAGAGGUGAAAUCUAGAUUAAAUAUAGUGAAUAUGCACGAGGUCAAUGCUCCCUAAUCCAUUCCUUUCUGUAGAGAACAAAUACAGAGUCAAAUUUUGCUGCAUAGUUCUAAUUUAAGAGGUACUUUUUUUUAUUGUUUUUGUUGAUCUGUUUUGUAGGUUGUCUUCCUUAUAUUCACUCCUUCAAUUGAAUAUUUCAGUUUUCCCAGGAGUGUUCCCCUUGAAGAUAUGAUAAUAUCACAGGAUGCUAAGCCAAUCACUUGUGAUUCACCUAGCUUUGGAUGUGGUCCCAAAGGACGUAGGGCGAGCAAGUAGGGUUACGAGGGUCAAAGAUCACCUUACUCAUUGGCACUGCAGGGCCAUAAGAUUGUUUGCUGCAUUCUCAUGAAAUAAACAUGAAGUUGUUGGACAAGGAAAUGGCCCCUCUACAGGGUACUGUGAUGAAGAGUACAGUUUUCAGCAGAUCAAUUUUUUACCAUUGUGUAAUGUUCAUUAUAACGGGUGGUUGGUUAAAGAGGCACAUGCUUUGACUCCUCUGGUAAUUGUUCGAGUUCAAGUCUUAUUUUAUGUGUAUGGGAAAAAAACCUGUUGGAAGAGCUAGCCCCUACAGGAUAUGAAUGUUCUCAACCAACCGGAACAUGAUUGUCUUCCAAUGCAUAAAGCUCCUACAUGGUCGGGAUACAGGAAGGGGUUUGACCAUUUAGUCUAUUGUACAUAGUCUUACCUUGUUUUCUUUUUUACACAAGAGACAGUUUUCAGAACUUAAACCAAUGAUCUCUGCCACAUGAUAACUUUUUACCGUUGCGCUAAGGUUACCCUUCAAAUUUUAUAUA